UCGCAACACUGUUAUUGAUUUGUGUUGUGUGUGGUGUGAGGUUAGAAAAUGUGUAUAAUUAAUAAAAUAUAAUAUUUAUACCCCGAAAUCACUACAAGUCUAUCAUAAUGUUGUACGACGACUUCAAACCUAUAGUCGAUGUGGUUCUCAACAACUGGACAGCCCUACAACUUGCUGUCGAACAUGGGAUGGGUGCGCCAGGUGGAAAAGAGACUGCCCAGUUGAUGUCAGUCUAUGUGGCCAGAUACUGUGUGGAGAACAUUGUAGAUGUUGAAGACUUGGAAGAAGUGCUUGAAGACCUGAUGGAUGAAGAAUUUGAGACAGUUUGCCACGAUCAUUCACCGAGAGAAAUAGCCACAUUACUAAUGAAGUUCCUGGAUCUGCUGAAGAAAGGCCAGAACGAAGAAGUGCUGGCGCAGAUGGCGGCGCUGCCCCCGUGCCGCAUGUGGCUCAGCCAGCCCAUGCACAAGGCUGUGCCGCCACAGUCGCACGGUAACCCAGAUGACGACACUACAAGUAGCAGUGAUGAUGAAGAAAACGCCACAGCAGUAAAUGGACAUCAUCAGCCGUCAUCAUCAGCUCAACCCUCAUCAUCACAAGCAACAGAGCAACCAGAACCCAUGGACGAAGACGAGCCCGAGCCAGGCUGGACAGUUGUCAAAACGAAAAGGAAAAAAUAGAAUAUUUUGAAUUUAGAACGGUUAAGUUUUAUUUUUUUGUUACUAUUGACCAUAGUGUAUGGAGGAGUUUUGUUUUUAAUUUAUAGAGUAGGUGGGUUGUAAUGGAAAUGUUGCAUCAGCCGAUAUUGCAAUAAAAUCAUUAUUGUAAGGUUCUAUAGUAAAUAAUGGUAUGAGUAUCAGAUUAGUCUACUACAUUUGAUUGUAGUAUGUAUGUGUAUUUUAUUACACUUAUGUUGUCACUUACCUAAAACUUAUUAGGUAGGUAAAUAAAUAUACUUAAGUACAUAGUUUUUGGAAAUUUGUGAAAAAAUUGUUUCCUACAUCCAUGUACAGUGUACACUUUUAAGGUGGUAUUCUCAAAUUUCCAGAAAUCUUAGUGCUCCACAUGAUAAAUGUAAACAAUGUUUAGAAUGAGCCCCUGAGUAACUCUCGUUCGGCUUACUAUAACUAUAACAACUUACACUUCUUGUGCAACACCCUGUAUAAUGUAUUGGUACUUUCUUACCUAAUGUACUUAUCCACAGUGCUGAUUGUGAGCGAUGCAUUACAAUGUCUGUAUAAAUGUAUACAUAGUAAAUAAUAUUAUGUACUAUAGUACCUGUAUGUAUUUACCUUAUUGAUAUUUUAUCCUUCUACAUGUAGUUAUUACUACCCUUCUAUAAUGCUUCCGGAAAAAAUAGUAUUACUGUGACUUACCUAUUAAAUUAAAUAUCAAAAUAAAACCAUAUAUUUAUGAAACGUU